CCUCCAGCUGAGCGCCUCCGUGCGCCCUCAGAGACUCGUACCUACUCCUACCAGCCGCUCCGGUGCUCAAAGUACCACGGAGACGCACAGCUUUAUUCAGUUUUCUAAUAAUAUGGAAAUAUUGCGUUCUCGAAAAUAUCUACACUUUGUUCCAACCGACGCUUGAGAAGUUCAGUAGAACUACAGACUUGGUUGGAUUCAGUGUGUGAUGGAGGUGCGCUUUGGACACGUUCCUCUCGCCGUUACGCACCGACACGGCGGGGUGAACCAGCUCGGCGGAGUCUUCAUUAAUGGACGUCCGUUACCGCACGUGGUGAGGCAGGGCAUCGUGGAGCUCGCUCAGAGGGGAGUUCGUCCCUGUGAGAUCUCCCGCCGUCUGCGAGUCAGUCACGGCUGUGUCAGCAAAAUACUGUCCAGGUACAAUGAAACAGGAAGCAUCAAACCAGGAAUGAUUGGAGGCUCGAAGCCCAAAGUGGCAACUCCCAGAGUCGUGCAAAGAAUCCUGCACCUGAAACACGACAACCCCACGAUGUUUGCCUGGGAGAUCCGAGACAGACUGAUGCUGGAGCGGGUGUGUGACCAUAGCAGUGUUCCCAGCAUCAGCUCCAUCAACAGGAUCAUCAGGAACAGAGUCCAGCCUGAGUGUGGUGAAGCUGUGUCAUCAGCAGCAUCUGUUGCCAUGGGAGCAGCCUGUUCCUCCGAGUCCAGCUUUUCUAUCAGCGGGAUUCUGGGAAUCAGAAAACAGAGCAGCAAACAUAAAGAAGGAGGCGACGUCUCCUGCGGCGCGAACCACAACCAGCCAUGUUCCUGUUGUGAUACCUGGGGACGGUCGGACCCCUGCCUGACCUUUCACCCCAGCCUGCCAGCUAAUCAUGAUCCAAAUCUGUUGGGUUCGUCUGCAUCGAAAUAUGAUCACUUAGUCUUCCUGUGAGUUCAACUUUGAUGCGUCUUUUUCUUAUCUGUCCUCUUGUUUAGACCCUUCAUGUCAGUACUGUGGAACAAGGCAGUGACAGAUCCGAGAAGAAAGAAUGUCCUCCUGUUAUUUCCAAAAAGCAAAAUGAUGUCAAAAUUAUAUGACUUGAAAUUGUAUUUAUCACCAACAUCAAGGCAGAAUCAUAACUACGAACAUGUUGAAAUAAAACUGA